AUGGGCGCAACCACUGACCAUCGCCAAAUCCGCCUCGUCCGUUUGGCCCACAUCUACUACAACCACAAAGAUAUUACAAAAGCCUCCCGAUUCCUAAAUGACUUUGGCUUUCAGGAAUUCAAAACCAGCGACAAGGACAAGAAGAUAAUCUAUUACCGCGGAACUGGCCCUGAGCCAUUCGUGUACUGUGCGCGAGAAGGCGAUGUCGAUGAAUUCGGCGGCGCAGCUUUUGUCGUGGGAUCUCGCGAAGAUCUUGAUUAUGCAUCGCAGACACUGCCUGAAGCUAGUGAGGUAUAUGAGCUUGUGGAAGCUCCGGGUGGAGGUCUAUGUGUGACUUUUAAAGACCCGGUCGAUGGGUUCCCAUUUCAUUUGGUCUAUGGGCAAGAUCUUGCGGAUGAGACGAGGGCUUUGCCGCAGUUGAAGUAUAACUAUCCCACAGAGAAACAACGAUCGACCAACAGCGCGCAGAGGUUUCAACUGGGCCCAGCACCAGUGCAUAAACUCGGUCAUUUUGGAAUGUGUGUGACCGACUUUGCCAAAGCGUACGCAUUUUAUACCAACAGAUUCAACUUUAAGGCCAGCGAUCUCAUCCACGAUGAAACUGGCAAAGAUAUCACCGUCUUUCUCCAUCUGGACCGAGGAAGUGAGCUGGUAGAUCAUCACUGCUUCUUCAUGUUCGAAGGACCUAAGUCGCAUGUUCAUCAUUCAUCUUUCGAGACGCACGAUUUUGAUACCCAGCUGUUGGGACACCAUUGGCUCCGGCAGCAGGGGUAUAAGAAUUGCUGGGGUGUUGGUCGGCAUAUUAUGGGAAGUCAGGUUUUUGACUAUUGGUUUGAUGCAUCAGGAUUUAUCGUCGAGCAUUAUAUCGAUGGAGAUUUGCUUGACGAGACUCAACCGACGAAUCGCUCGUUGGCCUCGCCUAACAAUCUGCACAUAUGGGGCCCUGAUUUGCCGGAGGGAUUCCUAGAGUAAUUCGUCCGAGCCCCCGUGCGCGGUAACCAUGGUAGCAUUCCGGGGUGAUAGAAAAUAUAAUGCUCGGAGGGAUUCGAAGAUCGAUCUGUGGAUUGUAGCGAAUUUGUUCCAGCUCUUGAUUCAGAAGGGGUGGUUCAUUGUUGAGUAAAUCCGGGGUAAUCAGUCUGGG